GUGUCGUGGUUCCACGGGGAUCAUGGCAAUGCUGUGGUCUCCGCGGUCUACACGUGUCCUGACUAUGCCGCGUCCCACGUGUGUCACGCAUGCACCACGAGUCCCACACCCACCUCGCUGCGUGUCCCACCCAUCCUUCCUGCCUGCCGUAGGACCACCACCAUCCGCCUGGGCAAGCACAACCUCUACACGCGGGAGUGGGGCGAGGUGCAGAAGACGGUGCAGAAGUUGGUGGCACACCCCAACUACGACCCCACCACCAAGGACAAUGACAUCAUGAUGAUGAAGCUCCUGACGCCCGUCACCCUCACCAGCAGGAUCCAGCCCAUCCCCGUGGCCUCCUGCCUCCCAGAGCCUGGCACCGUCUGCACCACCUCGGGAUGGGGGGCUACCACCUCCCCAGAAG